AUGGCACCCCCUAGCGAAAUUUUGAACAAUGAAAUAAUGGCUGCAAGAAUUCUUGUGAAUGCGAAGUUUGCAAACAAAAAUUUGCAACCGUUGAAUACAACUUUCGUUUCUAUCAAUACCCCAAUGGUUCAGCAGGAGGUUUCUUUGCAAAGAAGUACGGUAAGAUGUCUUCCUCCACCAACUCCGUCACCUACACCACCAUAUACUACCGACCCCAAAGCAUAUACCGCUCCUCAGCUAAACAAAAAUAGAACUUGCUACUAUCACAGCCAAGCUAACUUCCACAUCAUGAAUCCUUAUUGCGCUAACUGUAUUUAUUGUGGUCAUGAAUACAAGAACCAAAUUGUUAGACUUGCUAAUGAAGUGUCUAAUAAUGCUAACAACUACGCCAGCACUUUAUGGAAUUACAAGAGCACUUUGAACAGAAUAGUUGCAGCGAACGCUCAAGAUCUGGCAGAAAGUGAGGAGCUUUAUAACAACUUCAAUAAUUUGUCUUACCAAGUAAAGGGUCAUUUGCUGACAAUUGCAGCUACUUCUUCAUCAAUUACAAAUAUUGAAUCUUCCGUCAACAAGCUCAGAGAAAUUUCUUCGGACAAAGAGUCAAACAAUCCCAUUACUCCUCCAUUAGAAGAACAGACACAAAUUGUAAUACACGAACCUAAUGCACAGAAAGAAAGUGCACAAAUUCAGACAUUUCAUUAUUCUGAACCACAAGAGAACCUUGUACAAAAGAAGCAGAUCGUUCAACUUUCUAUGCCAGUUCCAACACAAUCUCCACAAACUUUACAGACAGAAACCAAAACGAAAGAGUCUUUAAAACCCAAAAAAGGACGCCCAAUCUUACUUAAGAAAAGGGCUAAGGAACCGAGGAAAUCUAAAAUCAAUGUCAAAGUUUCGAAAUGCUCUCAUUGUCAAUCACAUAGCACACCGGAAUGGAGAAGGGGUCCAGGAGGUGUUCGUUCAUUGUGUAACGCUUGUGGGUUGUUCUACUCUAAGCUUGUUAAGAAGUUUGGAACAACAGAUGCAAAUACCAUCUUUCUAUCCAGAAAGGAGUCUGAUAAAUUGAUAGACAGAACUAUUCCCACCACUCUACAGAGUAAUGCUAUCUUACAGAAACAACUACGGCUAAUUCGAAAGUAA